AUGGGAUUGUUAUCACAAGGUAUCGACUCGCUCUCCCUGAAAUCUUCCAAAUCGAGAAGAGCCUCCUCCGCAUCUGCUCUCUCGACGGGAUCUCAGGGAGGUGGUCCAAAGGAGAAAGACGGAGAGACUCAGAUCGAUGAUGGUGAUCCGGAUGAUACUUCCACGUUGGAUAAGGAGGAAGGAAAUGUGUUGAUGGCUUUGAUUUCCCAACUACGACCAGGAAUGGACUUGUCCAAAAUCGCUCUACCCACUUUCGUACUCGAACCUAGAAGUUUGUUAGAGAGAAUCACAGAUUUCUUUUCCCACCCUGAAUUGAUCUUUGGGGCCGGAGCUGAACCGGAUGCUAAGGAGAGAUUUAUAAGAGUCAUGACUUAUUAUCUUAGUGGAUGGCAUAUCAAGCCUAAAGGUGUUAAGAAACCGUACAACCCCGUGUUAGGAGAGUUCUUCAGGUGUAGCUAUACCUACCCAGAUGGUACAGAGGGAUUUUACAUCGCUGAGCAAGUAUCUCAUCAUCCUCCUGUAUCUGCUUUCUUCUACGUGUCACCUAAGAACGGAUUGCUGGUCACUGGAGAGUUGAAACCGAAAAGUCGAUUCCUCGGAAAUAGCGCUGCCACCAUUAUGGAAGGCGAAGACAGAAUACGGUUAUUGGACAGACCAGAAGAUGGUGACUAUGUGAUCACUAUGCCUAACACGUACGCUCGAGGUAUCCUCUUCGGAAAGAUGUUAUUGGAGCUGUGUGAACUUUCGACUAUCGAUUGUCAAGCUACGGAGUACCAUGCGGAUGUGGAUUUCAAAGCCAAGGGCUGGAUAUCGGGAGGAUACAAUGUGAUUUCUGGAAAAGUCACUGGACCAGGACGAACUGACAUUGGUGAUCUCUCUGGUCACUGGUCAUCGGCUAUGGACUAUACAGAUAAGAAGACAAAGCAGAAGAGGACCGUAUUCGAUCCCGCUAAAGCAAGAGUGGUGCCUAAGAAUGUGUUGCCUGAGUCUGAACAGGAAGAGUACGAGUCGAGAAGGCUAUGGACUAAACUUACCGAAGCUAUCAAAGCUGCAGACAUGCAUGGCGCAACCGCGGCCAAAACCACUGUCGAAGAUAGACAAAGGGAAUUAGCGAAGAAGAGAGAAGCCGCGGGUGAAGUUCCAGAAGCUAGGUUCUUUAAGCAUGUUUCGGGUGAUAGGUGGAUGCCCAAGUUGGAUGUUGACAACCUUCCAAAAGAUCGACAAGAGAUGGAAGAUAAAGUACGACAAUGGAUAUUCGGUGAUAAAUCUCCUUCGCAAACUACCGCCUCACCAAGACAAACUCCAAGGAAAUCAUCUGUACCUGAAUCUCUCACCUCGCAGUCCUCUUCUGUCCCCCAGUCACCUUCUGCUCCCUCAAAACCUUCUCCUCUCUCUGUGUCCACUACCGCAGAUACUGCGUCGAUCAAUAGUGUGGAUACGGCUGGUACGGCUACUUCCGUCCCAUCAGCAACUACAGCACCUGGACCACCAGCCUCGGGACCUAAAUUCGAUCAUCCCAUUUCACCUAAAUAG